CUAGUAUGUAGUGGUGGUGCUCCCACGAGCUGCUACGAGCUCCGGCCGAAGCUAACUUCCAGCCCAGAGCUGCCGUGGGAAAAAAUCAGCGGCACAGUACUAACGGGAGGACACGCGAGCGGGGGGGAGAGCGCGGAGAGCACAACACUCACGAACCUAACUUCCAGCUGCAGCUGCUGCUAUGGCCGCUCGUUCAAGAUACCGGAGGAUGUUGUUGUCAUAAUGUGCGGGACUAGAACGAUUAUUCAUUUCCAGCCCUAGUUUGGGGAAAUGUGUCCUUGUAUCCUUGUAUGCAUGACAGUAGUACAAACAUGAAAAACAUUGCUGCUUUUGGUGUUCAGGCAAGCACAUCUGUUCACGGUGCUAGGCUACAUCACGUAGCAUGCUAGACGGACCCACCAAAGAUGCGCACACAUGGAACGCAGCUUUCUAUGAAAACACUGCGACCUCACUACAAAAGUACAGGCACACAGAAAACUGUGCUGCACUGUUGUCGGUGUUGGGACCUCAGCUGUAAGAGACCUCGCUUGGAGGAGGGAGAGGACAACCCAAGUUGUUCAAGUAUGGACUUCAGAGAGCCACAGGAUGCUACCUAUGAUCCUGAUGACUCGAUCACAGUCUUGACUGAGUCAGAAGAUGUGACAAUGGAAUCUUCCAACCCUGUUCAUAAGACACCCACAUAUAUUGUCUAUGAAAACUGCCUCCUGGAGCUGUUUGAGCUGUGUCCUGUGUGCCGGCGGGGGACAGAUGUAAUAUAUAAACAGGGCGAGUGCACAGCAAAGCCGGUGAAAGCAGAUGCAGCCUUCCAUUACGUGGAUAACCUGUUGGACCUCAUCUUUCACGAGGUUUUUCAGGACCCGGCCCCAUAUGUGAAUGAGCUGCUGAAGAUCUCAAAACCUGAGGAUCUCUCUGCCAAGUAUAAGAAACCUGACAAGCAGGAAGUUAUAGCCAGCUAUGUGUCGAGUUUCAAUCAAGUGCAGGUCUGAACCCUGUAUAACUUCCCUGAGCAUCAGGGAACACUCUCUGAUCUGGAGCACCGAGCAGGAGGGCAGGACCACCCUGAUUCUCCGGCCCAGAUGGCCUCAACACCAGCUCACAAAGCUUCUGUACGCCAAAUACCUGUAACGGCUGAGCAAAGUUCACAUUGUAUUUAGAGAAUAAAAGGUGACACACAAAUAUAAAGUGUUCCUUUGUUUACAGUAUGGCUACUGAUGGCACAAAUUGUAUUAUUGUAAUCAAUGUUUUUAUUAUACUUGGUAUUUUUUGUAUUUAUUACCUCUGUCCCAGCCAGUACAUGUAAUAACUAUGAUUAAAAAGCUCUGUGGCAAUCUUUCUGACAAUAAAAGUUUAUAGAAACAGUUGUGUGCUUUAAUGUUUGAUAUGUAACAUGUCAACAAUUGACACGUGUAAGAUGAGCAGUUAGCAAAGUAAUACAGAGGGAAGAGUAAUUUAUGUAUUUU